CUUCCCUCCAACUCUKCCUACUUCGAUCCAGCCCUCACCCCCUCUCUCCUCUGGUCUCUCCACAGGGUAGGUGUGUGUUCUGGGCCAGAGGAGCAGGAGAGAUGACCUGGGGGACCCUGUACGCCCAGCUGGCUGGUGUGAACCGCCACUCUACCAGCCUGGGGAAGGUGUGGCUMUCUGUCCUCUUCAUCUUCCGGGUCACCGUGCUGGUCCUGGCGGCCGAAAGCGUCUGGGGGGACGAACAGAGCGACUUUGUCUGCAAUACCCUGCAGCCGGGCUGCGAGAACGUCUGCUACGACCACUUCUUCCCCGUGUCCCACAUCAGGCUCUGGUGUCUGCAGCUUYUCUUCGUCUCCACGCCCGCUCUCCUCGUKGCCAUGUACGUGGCCUACCGUCAUCACGGCGACAAACGCCAGGUCCUGCAGCAGGGUUCAGUCGGGGGGCGUUGCCGCAGCGACAAGGCCCAGGCGGCCCAGGAGGCUGAGCUAGAGAGUCUGAGGAMGCGGAGGCUGCCAAUCGCCGGGCCACUGUGGUGGACGUACGCCUGUAGUCUGGUCUUCCGCCUGCUGUUCGAGGGAGGCUUCAUGUAUGCUCUAUACGUGUUGUACGACGGCUUCCAGAUGCCCAGGCUGGUCCAGUGUGACCAGUGGCCCUGUCCCAAUGUGGUGGACUGCUUUGUCUCCCGCCCCACAGAAAAAACGUCUUCACCGUUUUCAUGGCCCCUCCUCCUGCGUCUGUAUGGCACUCACAUGGCCGAACUGGCCUACCUGGUCGCCAAGGCUAUCGCUCGGUGCCCGUCAUCCGGCGCAGAGGGGGGAAACAGAAGGGGAAGGGUGCAAACUGUUCCUCAACCUCUUCAAAGACAGACUCUGCAGCAGAACAAGAAGAAUGAGAAGUUGUUGUCGUCCUCUUCGUCUGGGUCCACCUGCAGCAAGGGGUAUGCUCUAUACGUGUUGUACGACGGCUCCAGAAUGCCCAGGCUGGUCCAGUGUGACCAGUGGCCCUGUCCCAAUGUGGUGGACUGCUUUGUCUCCCGCCCCACAGAAAAAACAGUCUUCACCGUUUUCAUGGCCCUCCUCCUGCACAAGACUCUGCAGCAGAACAAGAAGAAUGAGAAGUUGUUGUCGUCCUCUUCGUCUGGGUCCACCUGCAGCAAGGCGGUGUGA